AUGGCACCAAAGAAAAACUACACGCCUCAUCAAAUGUGCCUUGCAAUGGAAGCUGUUAGAAAAGGGGACAGUUAUUCAGCUGCAGCUGAGAAAUAUGGUGUACCGAGAAUGACCUUAAGGAAUAAAGUAACGGGAAAGAGUCCUGCUGUCUGUCAUAUGGGUCCUCCUACAAUACUUUCUAUGAAUGAGGAAGCCAUAUUAAAAGAAUGGUUGUUUGCAAUGGCAGAACGACAUUGCCCGAUAGGAAAGGAACAGCUAUUAGAUUCUGUUCAACUAAUUAUAAAAUCUGCUAAUAGAAAAAAUCCAUUUACGAAUGACAGACCAGGGCGGAAAUGGUUCGAUUUAUUUUUAAAAAGACAUCCAGAAAUAUCUGAGAGAGUUUCACAAAACUUAACCACAUCAAGAGAAUCUGUAAAAGAAGAACAUAUAGUCAAAUGGUUUGCAGACGUAGAGAAGUAUUUAGAAGAAAAUAAUCUUCCAGAAGUUUUGAAGGAUCCAACGCGGAUAUUUAAUACCGACGAAAGCGCGUUUUUCUUAAAUCCCAAACCUGACCGUGUUUUAGUUAAAAGAGGAGAAAAAAAUAUAUAUUCUACGUCAGGGAACGAAAAAGAAAACCUUACAGUUCUUUUGACAGCCAAUGCAGCUGGACAGUUAGCACCACCAAUGAUAGUGUUCUCUUACGAACGCAUUCCCCGAGCUAUUGCCGAAAGUAUUCCUGAAAAUUGGGGCAUUGGCCGUUCAGAAAACGGCUGGAUGUGCGGGAGUACAUUCUACGAAUAUGUAACCAAUAUAUUAUAUCCCUGGUUGGUUCAAAACAAUACGAAGUUCCCCAUAAUCUUUUUUCUGGAUGGUCAUGCUUCCCAUUUGACUAAACAUUUGUCAGAUUUCUGCAGAGAGAAACAAAUUGAAGUUAUCGCUCUAUACCCAAACAGUACUCACUUGCUGCAACCCAUGGAUGUGUCGGUAUUUAGGCCACUGAAACUGUUUUGGCGACAGGAAACAAGAAAAUGGAAGACUGAAAAUUUGGGAGAGCAAGUGAAAAAAGAAAACUUUGCGCCAAUACUAAAACGUGCAUUAGAAAGUAUAACUCCAGACUGCAUAAAAAAUGGGUUUCGAGUGGGAGGACUUUUUCCUUAUGGCCCAGACCUAGUAGACUUUACUAAGUUAAACAUCCAAAACAGAGCAUCGACAAGUAAAAGCGCCUGUGAUUCUACAAAAAACCAAGCUUUUUUAAGCCAACUCGAAGCAGAAAUCGUAAAGAUAUUUAAACGGUCUAAACUAGACACCUUUAACAAAUGUUUUUACUUACCUAUGUCAGAAUUAGCUGAUGUAUUGCCGACUGAAGAUUUGACAAUGUACACUAUCUGGGCCAAAUAUAAACAUUUGUGUGCAGUUACUGUUUCUGAAAGCAAUACAAAAGCUGAAAAAUGA